UAUAUUUGAAUCUCUCUCUCAGUGUGUGUGAGAGAGACAAAAAGAACCGGAGAAAAAUGGUAGGACCAUCAAGGCCUCAAAUAGUUCUGUUUGGUUCUUCCAUUGUUCAACUCAGUUAUCUCAAAGAAGGUUGGGGGGCUAUUCUUUCUCACCUGUAUUCUCGCAAGGCGGAUAUAGUUCUGCGAGGAUACUCUGGUUGGAAUACAAGGCGUGCUGUGCAGGUUCUGGAUACAAUUUUUCCCAAGAAUGCCACCGAGCAACCGUCGUUGAUAAUUGUGUACUUUGGCGGUAAUGAUUCUGUUCUUUCACAUCCUAGUGGCCUUGGUCAACAUGUACCUCUCCAAGAAUACAUUGAAAAUACGAAGAAGAUUGCAAACCAUCUCAAGAGUCUGUCGAAGAAGACCCGCCUUAUAUUUCUCACUGCUCCGCCUUGCAAUGAAGUGCAAAUUUAUGGAAACAGUUGUAUACAGAGACCACCAAGGAAUAACGAAUCGUGCAGAAUAUAUUCAGAAGCGUGUCUGGAGCUAUGCCGCGAGAUGAAUAUCAAGGCCAUUGAUCUGUGGUCUGCAAUCCAAAAAAGGAAUGACUGGCGAGAUGUUUGCUUCACGGAUGGAAUUCAUUUGACACAUGAGGGUAGCAAGAUAGUGGUAAAAGAGAUACUUAAUACACUCAAAGAAGCAGAUUGGGAACCUUGCUUGCAUUGGAAGUCACUGCCAAAUGAAUUUGGAGAAGAUUCACCUUAUGACCCACUUGGGCCAGAUGAAAAAACCAUGAAUGUUGCCAGCUUGACUUUCAUGGAAACUAUGGAAUAUGACUGAUGUCCAUCUGGGAGCUAAAUACAUACAUGCCACAAAUCAUUGAUCAUUAGGCCACAACCACAAAUAACAGGAAUUUAGAACUGUCUAAUUAAAGAAAAAUUAUGUUCUUAGUUCCUAUCUCAGGUUUGUCACCAUGCGAGUUGUAAGACCUCUUCGGACUAUAUUUGGUUAUGUAAAUCGUUUCAUAAGAUUUCGUGAUUUUAUGGUUUUAUGUCUUUAGUGAACGUUUUAUGGAUUUGUCCUUAUUUUCUCUUCAUAAUUUCAAUAGAGAUUGUUAAUCUAUGCAAUAAAAUUGAGACUCACGAGAGUUAUA